GUUGCAUGCAGCUUCCUCCACAACGCGUGGGUGAAAGCCAGAGGAAGAUGAGAGGAGAAGAAAGGUGGGAACUGCAGCUGCCUUACCGGGAAUGAAGGCGCAAGAAUGCCCUGUGAGACGGUGUGGAGGCUCCGCCGCAUUUAUGCACACAAGAAGAAGUGAUUUACUGUAAGCAAAUCUGAAGAAGAAUUGGAUCUCGGUAUUAAGAGUCGUCAUCUUGGCUGAGAAAGAAAAGUUUGUCUCAAAAGUAGUUCUCACUAACCAGCAGAGAUGAGACUGAACUUUUCUACAAGAUGGAUAGUCCGAGGCUGGACAACAUGCGUCCUCGUCACCUUUUACGCACAGAAUGCUGUCCCCAAAUCUCUCCAGUGUGAGGAAACACAUUAUUAUAAAAGCUCCAGAUGCUGCAACAAGUGUGAACCAGGCUUCCGUGUGUUAAAGGACUGUACCGAUUCCCACAAGACUAUAUGUGUUAAAUGUAAUCUUGGAGAAUACCAGCCCGGCUUGACUGAAAACACGCGCUGUCUACAGCAAAAGUUCUGUGACCCAGGUAAGGGGUUUAUGGAGAGGCCUGAAAACCUUGUGGCAGAGGAGCCGUGUCGCUGCCCUGCCGGUUUCCAGUGCCACCCCAUCAACUGUGAGUACUGUGAGAGGAUACCCACCUGCAGUGCUGGAUAUGGACUUGAGGUGGACCCUGACUCUACUAACGAAAGGCAGACAUGUGUUGCAUGUAAGAAAGGCUUCUUCUCUGCUGACAACACUGCCGAACAAUGCCGACAAUGGACUAAUUGUAAGGCUGAGGGCCGGAAUGAAACACGGCCAGGGAGCGCUCAGGCUGAUGCAGUGUGUGGACCACUUACCUCUGGGAAGACAGGUGCAGCACCCUCCUGGGUUAUCGUUUCAAUGCUCUCAGUCAUCACAGUUCUGUGUCUCCUUAUCCUGCUCCUCUUCUGCUACAAGGACAAACUAAAAUUACUCUCUGUAAAUCUGCGGUCCUGUGUCCAGAAUCUAAAGAGGACUAGGAUACAACAGGAUACCUUGGCCCCUCUUUACCACAGUGGAUCAGGAGGAACAGGAGCAGGCCCCAAAGGUUCUCCAUGUGAGAUGACCAAACUCAUCUGCCAAGCACCCCACAGCCCCGCUGAUGAGCUCCCAUGCAUCUUCCCCACUUCUGUUCCCGAUGUCAGGGUGUCACUGCCAUUCUUGGGGGAAAUGAAAGAGGAAGAAGGGAACAAUGGGAAGACUGUGAUGGCAGAUCAGAGGAAAGGGUCUGGAGAACCUGAGGAGGUGUCAGAAGAGGAGGAGGUUGUGAGUGUGUCUCCUCUUUUGGCAGGUUCCUGUGUGUGCGUCAUUCCCGUCCUUGAGCCAUUGGAAGUAGGGGAGAAUGAGGACUGUAGCCAGGCUGUCAGCCCAGGGACUCCAGGAACCUGCUCGUGUGGCGGGCUAGACGGAGAAAGGGAUGGAUAUGAGAGUGGGAAAGAGGAGAAAAGUGGGAGUAUAAGAGCAGACAAUAGUGGAGAAAGUGGUGAGGGAAAUCAAACAAAGAGGGUUUUGUCCAAGAGUGAGACAGGUGUUACAUCUCUUGUCUCCCUUUCUCCUCGACUCCUCCACACCUCCUCCGUAAUCCCUCCAUCCAGUCCACUGCCUGAACUCUGCCUGCCGUUGUCUCAGGCUCAGGUGAGAGCAGAGUUCAAACCUCAGCUGACUGACAGCUCACUGGUAAAACAGGAGGAAUUAUACAGACUGGCAAGCACAGACUCCACCUCAACAGAGAACUGUACCAUCUCUUCCAUGACCUCGGUCAGCCCCUUGAUGACUUCCUCUUCUGAUGGCGAUCUCUACCUGGACAAGCCCCCUGAAGACUUGAGCCUGGAGCAAGGCCAGGGACUUUCCUGGGGGGAUAACAGGGGAAACAAGCUCUCCUCUGGGGAGUCAGAAUUGGAGUGCUCACCUGAGAGCCUCCAUAGUCAGCUGGCUGAACCAACUCUUACCUUAGGUCAGGUGUCUGGGAACCACAACAAAACCUUCAUCUCCAGCGGUCAGGUGAUGAACUUUAGUGGGGAUGUCAUCGUCGUCCAUGUCAGCCAGACGUCUCUUGGCAGUGACGGGGCAGAGCAAGACGAUGCGUUUGGGAGACCUGUCCAAGAAGAGUCCAAUGAGACAGCCCCAUUUUUCCAAAACAGCCUGAGGUUACAAAUGGACUCCAUUUGCCAAAGCACCUUACAAGAUAAUACACUGCUGGUCAAGGGAAUGGUGGAAGCGUGUCCUCUGGGAAAGUGAAAAGUGACUAAUGGCUGUUUAUGACAUACUUUUUCAAAUCAUUUUUUUUACUCUGUUGUUUUCAUAUAUUACACACUACGGGCCAAAAUACACACACUCACAAACAACACAUAGACACCAAUUAAUGGCGAGAUGUCAGAGCGAUGGGGCUGCCCAAUGACAACAGCUGGAGGUUUGGUGCCUUGCUCCUGGGCAAGCCAAGUCCUCAUGGACCCCUACAUUACAGUACAGUGACCAUCUCAAAAAGCCACAGUUUGACAAUGUAAAAAUGAC